AUGUGUAAAACAUGUUAUGUCACUCAACCGAAUCCUGUGUUUAUGCCAUAUCCUGUUCCAUAUGUUUAUUUCGCGACAAACGACUAUGCUGGAACCACAACGACACUAAUCUCCAGCACAGACAAUACACACAAAACAGUAGAAACUAGUGAAACAGCAACCGAAACGAAAAGUGAAAUAGCAACAAAGAGUGAAACAGCAAAGAAGAGUGAAUCAACUACAAAAACUACAAGUAAAACAACAACAACAACAAAAAAGAGGAGUAAAAGGACAACAACGAAGAGUGAAACUACCACGACACCAAAGACUAAAAAAACAACUGAAACAACACAAAAGAAAGAUGAUACAACGACAGUUUCAGGUGACAAACCAAGAAAGUUAAAUAGAUUCUCCGAUGAAGAGGACACAUCUUGGUCGUUUGAAAAAUAUGAAUCUCAUCCUACAGAAGAUCACCAAAACACAUUGUUUUCAAAUUGUGUUGCAAAUUAUGCUGCUACCGACAUUGUCAACCUUUCGAAUACAAAACCAAGGAAUACAGAACCAAGGAAUACAAAACCAGGGAAUACAUACAACACCACUGCCGACGACGUCUUCGGAGGAAACAACACCCCCACCGUCGUCGUCAACGGAGGAAACCACCCCGCCACCGUCAUCGUCAACGGAGGAAACUACGCCGCCAUCAUCCUCAGAGGAAACCGAACCGCCGACGCCACCACCGACGUCGUCAUCAUCGUCGGAAGAAACCACUCCAUCUAA